CUGCGUCCUGUAAGCAAAUAUAUCCAUUUAAAUAUCUCUUAUUUACCUGAGGAUGCGGAGGCCAAACAAGCUGCCAAUAAUUUAGAGGCUGGAGGCAUAAAUCUAAAUGUCACCUGCCCUAUUUCCUCAGCACCGGCUCCCGUCAUUCCUAAGAAGCCGACUCCUGAACCGAUGGUUUGUGAACUAUGCAAUAUUACCUGCCUUGGCGUUGAGGCCUACGCCGCGCACCUAGUUGGACGGCCUCACGGGCGCACUGAGCGAUUACAUAGGCAGAUGGGCCGCCCGAUUCCAGAUUGUAACACUCCUCUUGUUGCCAAAACGUUGACUCCUGACGUAAUAGCUAGUGAGUAG